AGCACAUGUUUAGUACAGUACAGUGUGUUUGUGUUUGUAAUAUCAUUGACAAUACAAACAGUUUUGAUCACACAAUCAACACAUAGUUGUCAUCAUUAUUAGGGAUCAGUUAGUCAGACACACACAUACACAGACUGUCCCGACAUUAUGACCCGAUAUUCACGUAAAAAGGGUAACAAUGCUCCCAACAGACGGAUCGGUAAGAGAGGACUGAAGACGAAGAGAUAUAAGAAAGACUUGGAUGCCAUCAAACUCGGACUCAUGAAUGCCGUCGAUAUACAAGACGUUAGUGUCAAGACUGAUGCCAUCAUCGGUGGUAAUGAUGUAGAAGACAUUGACAACGAUUUACCAGCAAAUGGACAGUUUUUUUGCAAACAUUGCCAUCGCUAUUUUAUUGACGACAAGUCGCUUACGGAUCACACAAAAAGUAAAACACAUAAGAAAAGAGUAAAACUAUUGGAAGACGAGCCGUACAGUCAAGAGGAAGCCGAAAGAGCCGCCGGACACGGAAACUAUACGUAUGAAAGACAGAUAACCGGUCGCAACAAAACCAAACAAAUGGACACUAAUUGACAAAAUAAAGAUUAUUCAAUA